AUGCAGCAUACUUACUUCAGUAUAAUCGUGGAUGAAUCCACCGAUAUUACAUCGAAAAAAGUUCUGUGUGUCGUUGUGAGAGACUACGACGAGAAUGUGGGUCACAUUCGCGACGCGUUUUUUGAUCUGAUUGAACUCGAUGCGAGUAACGCUUCUUCUAUAAAAACAGCAAUUGUUAAAAGACUCGAUCAGUUCAACAUCCCAUAUAAAAAGUUUAUGCUCGGAAUAGGGAGCGACAACGUUGCUGUCAUGGUCGGACAGAGACAUUCAGUAACGAUACUACUGCGGGACGAUUGUCCGCAUCUCGUCAGUGUGCCCUGUAUAUGCCACUCUCUCGCCUCAUGCGCGUCUUACGCUAGCAAAAAGUUACACGAUCAUCUGGAACAAAUGCUGAAGGAUAUUUACAGCUAUCUAUCUGCUAGCCCGGUUAGAUUGCUGCAAUUUGAUAAAAUUCAUUGCAUGCUAGAUUUCAAUCCAAUCCGCGUGCCACGGAUGCAUGAUGUUCGAUUUUUGUCUAGAGGACAGGUUGUGAAGGCUGUCUUGUCUAGAUAUGAACCGUUGCAGAUAUACUUUGGACUUGCGUCAAACGUUGAUAAUUUAUCGAACGCAUCGAAAAUUCAUAAAACGCUCGCUGAUCCCGUUACCGAAAUCUACCUGUUAUUUUUAGAUUUCAUUUUGCCGUUCGUUGAUAAUAUGAACAAACUUUUUCAAUCGGAAAAACCGGAAAUUAUUUCACUCCAUGCAACUUUAUCAAGAAAACUUAGACAGUUACUUAGCUACUUCAUAAAAGAUGAUGUCACGCGAUCUACAAACUUGACUGAUAUUAAAUUUCACCUCCAUGAUUUCAAGCCGGUUCAUGAUGUGUACCUAGGAGUAAAGGUAGCUACCAAACUAGAUGCCAGUAAAAUUGAAAAAAACACAAUUGUUAGCUAUACAAAAUACGUGCACUGCGUUUUACCUAGAGUUAGCCUUGCAAAUGUUUAAACGGUUCCAAUUAGAGAAUGAAAUCUAUAAAAGUAUUCAAAUGUUGGAACCCAUCAACAAUGUUGAAGGGAGAAGUUUGAGCGUUGGCCCCGUUUUACCACAUUUCCCAACUGUAAUACCAGAUAGCGUGUGGCAGGAUGUUGAUAACGAAAUUAAUGAAAUUAAGCACUUGAAUUUCAAAUGCUUAGGACUAACGCAAUUAAAUAACGCCGAGGAUUUUUGGAUUAAAAUAAAGAAUUUCCGCGAUAGAAAUGAUGAACUGAAGUAUCCGUUAAUGGCACGACUUAUGAGAGCAAUACUAUCUUUACCACAUUCAUCGGCGGCAGCUGAAAGGAUAUUCUCCGCCCAAAAUUUGAACAAAACCAAAAUCCGAAACCGUUUGAAAAAUGCUUCCCUAGUGGGAAUUCUCCGAACAAAAGAUUGGAUAAAAACAUUCGGAAAUCCGAAUACAGCGCAAAUUCCGACGGAAAUGCGACUUAAAUUUAAUAGUCAAAUGUAUUCUAUCGCUGUUGAAGACAACGAAACGUAAACUGUGUAUCUUCCAAUACUCGUCAAUGGAGAUUCAGUAUCAUCUGUUUAUGUUUCCUAGCUGGUUCUAAAAGAGGAGAAUAGUGUUGUAACUCGCUACAAUCUGAUCAAUCUGAUUGGAAAAAAAAUCAACGUCGCAGAUGAGAAAACCAUCCUUGAAUUAAACUUUUUAUUUUGGAAUUGGGAAACAGACCCCCGCCAUUUAUCAGAAAUCGUACGCAUUGUAUUUAAAAAAAAAGAUGGAAAAUAUUCAUAACAUUUAUCGUGAGCAUUUUGAUUCUAUCGAGAAUCACAAAAAGUUCCCAGAUUUAGUGAAGAAAAGAUUAUUGGUUCAAAAAAACGUCAGUUGAGAAACAGGACCGAACUAAUUAAAAACUGCUUACAAUUUUGCGCGAUGGAUCAAUGGACUUUGUCUGUUGCUAGUCCCAUCGAUUUACAAGAGCGUGAACAUCAUUGCAAAUCGGAUUCUCCAGCUACAAAUGUAAAAUAUUCAAAAAGGUUGGAGGAAGGUUGCUAAAUUUUGGUUACAGUGCAAGUCAAAUGGAAAUGUUGGAAAAAAUAAGGGGUUCAUUCAGCGCCAUCAGGCACUCCUACAUACACGGCUCUUUGUGUCAGUAGUGGUUUGAAGGUAAUUGAAUUUUUAUGUGCCACAGUAAUCUGUUUGGAAGCGAUGAAUUUUAUAAACUACAACAGCAACGAAAAGCAAAACAAUGACAAAGCAUUAAAAUUUAUAAAGAAAAACAUUAAACAAGUUUGCAAAUCGGAUUCUUCAGCUACAAAUGGAAAAAAGUGAUAGCAGGCGGGAAAGUGACAUUUCCAUUAAUCUCCAGAAAUACGAUUUAUCAGUAACAGACUCGGAAAAUCAAUCUUGCUGGAGCAAGAAACUCGUUUUCGAAUGCUUUUUUAAACCAAUCAUUGAUCUUCACACACCAGCUCAAGAGGUUGAGGCCCAACGAAAAAUUUCUAUCGUUAAUUUUCAGAUUUCGAGCACGUUCAAGAAUCAUCUGUACUCGACCAUACGUGCGGAACAGGAUCAAACUGGUCGAAAACUGCUUACAACUUUGUGCGACAAAUCGAAUCCGUUGAAUGUGCCUAUUGCUAGUCCCAUUGAUUUAACAAAAGCGUUAACGUAAUCUAGUAUUAAUGGAAAACAUGAGACUUCAAAUAACUUUUAUUCUCAUCUACCACACACGCAAAUGUAAAAUAUUCAAAAAGGUUGGAGGAAGGUUGCUAAAUUUUGGUUUCAGUGCAAGUCAAAUGGAAAUGUUGGAAAAAACAAGGGGUUCAUUCAGCGCGAUCAGACACUCCUACAAACACGGCUCUUUGUGUCAGUAGUGAUUUGAAGGUAAUUGAAUUUUAAUGUGCCACAAAAAUCUGUUUGGAAACGAUGAAUUUCAUAAACUACAACAGCAACGAAAAGCAAAACAAUAACAAAGCAUUAAAAUUUAUAAAGAGAAACAUUAAACAAGUUUACAAAUCGGAUUCUUCAGCUACAAAUGGCAAAAAAGUGAUAGCAGGCGGGAAAGUGACAUUUCCAUUGAUCUCCAGAAACACAAUUUAUCAGUAACGGACUCGGAAAAUCAAUCUUGCUGGAGCAAGAAACUCGUUUUCGAAUGCUUUUUUAAACCAAUUAUUGAUCUUCACACACCAGCUCGAGGUUGAGGCCCAACGAAAAAUUUCUAUCUUUGAUUUUCGAAUUUCGAGCACGUUCAAGAAUCAUUUGUACUCGACCAACGUGCGGAACAGGAUCAAACUGGUCGAAAACUGCUUACAAACUUGUGCGACAAAUUGAAUCCGUUGAAUCUGCCUAUUGCUAGUCCCAUUGAUUUAACAAUAGCGUUAACGUAAUCUGGUAAUAAUUAUGAAAAUGAAACUUCGAGUAAAUUGUUAUUCAAAUCCCACUACAUGCCAAUAUAAAAAAAAAUCACAAGAUGUCACUGCACCCAAAAUCUUUCGUAUGGGAAGUUUGCUAAAUUUCGGUUACAAUUCCAGUCAAAAGAUCAACAGGAUCGACUCAGUAUCGCGCUGGUUGAGCACCGUAACUUUUGUCAGUUUCAGCAGAAAUUAUUGUUUGGUUUUUGCUUGUGAAAGAAAAUAUUUUCGCUCUCGCCAUCAAGCACAUUUUGACUAUCCCAUAAUCCGUGUUAACACAGUGUUGCUAAUAUUUGUUUCUUUUUUGCAUGCGAAAAGAAGGAUGGAAACAUUUUUGUUUUAUCAUCCCGCACAUGUUGACAUUUACAUAUGGGAAUUUGCGGAGUGCGAACAGCCUUUGAACUUUCAUAACACCAAUAACACGAACUACAUAUGAGAGUACACGUAGGUGUGAAUGGUGCGACCGAUCAUUGAAAUAUUUCUCAGCACUGUCAACGCGAGUUGCGACUGCCAAAAUUUGUAUGGGGCUUCAAUUUCGGCCGUCUACGGAAUUGAAGUCAAACCAAUCUGGCAUCGCUGCCGUGCUGCUCCCAUUUACCUUUACAUCGGCCUCAGGGAAGUACCGGCUGCAUCUGCAUCUACCGCUGAGGCUGUCACUAUACUGCUAUUGGUACCAAAAGCUAUUAACUCUUCAAAUAAGUGUUUUAUUUGUUCUCAAAAGAACAAUUGUUCAAUUCAAAAUCGGAUUUACGCAAUCGCAUCUAUGUAAUAUUACCGACAAUAAUAUUCUUCUGAACAAAAUGAUACAACUUUCCCAUUAGGCCUCUGCCAUAAUAGACGCGAAAAGCGACGCGAACCGAUUCGCUCGGCUGGUAGGUUAAUGUACAGCCAUCAGUAGAGCACACGCUCCUUUAAUUUUACUCUAAAUUGAGCAACUUUGACUCAGUUUUACAUUGUCUAUUAAAACGUCAAAAAUUGAGUAAGUUUCGUUUACCGAACUAAGUAACAGUUACUCAGAUUGUCAUAAUUUUCUGCUUCACUCUUUUUUUGAGUGGUAUUGAAAACAUUUAAGAACGUUUCGCUAAAAAUAAGUUGUGUGGAAAAACGUGUUGUAUUGUUGUUUGAAAAGUGUUUUUUAUUUGUGUAUUAGAGUUCCUCCAGAUAUGAGAAUGGUUAUGGAUUUUUUGGCAUGUGUACUAUUUAAAACCUCCAAUCACAGUUCCCGGGUAACAGUGAACCGUAUUGCUGCGGUUUUUAAUGAAACUGCUAAGGCAGAAGAUACACUAAUGAUUUAAAAAGGUUUGUUUUUUUAUUACAUAUAUGUAUA